AACGAACUGGCAGGCGAGGAAGGCAUCGGUGUCGGGACCGCUCCAGGUGCCUAUCGAACCCCUGAUGGCAGUCGACCUGAUGCAGAAAGGCGACCAUUGACUUUGCCCCCAAACACAAGUUUGGAGAAGUUCAACAGCUUCAUGCAAAAUGUUGCCGACAUUGUUGGCGCGGAGAAUGCGACGGUCAUCUCUAGCGACAAUGAGCUCAAGCAUGAGUCUUACCUUGAUCCAAGCAAGGCUUAUGAUUCACCCCCAAAGAAUACUUUCUCGGCAGUUGUGGCUCCUCGCAAUGUGCCCGAUGUACAAGCUAUCAUGCGACUGUGCAACGAAUUCGAGAUACCUGUCUGGCCAUUCAGCAUUGGCCGAAAUGUCGGAUACGGAGGUGCUGCGCCCAGAGUUCCUGGUAGUAUCGGUCUUGACAUGGGUAAGAAUAUGGUGAAGAUCUUAGAAGUCAACGUGGAUGGUGCAUUCGCUUUUGUCGAGCCAGGGGUGACAUUCAUAACCACUGCUGAUACCAACAUAGUNGACCUUCACAACUAUCUGGUCGAAAACAACCUGCGCGAAAAACUUUGGAUUGAUGUUCCCGACCUUGGAGGAGGUUCCGUAAUUGGCAACACUGUCGAACGUGGGGUUGGAUACACACCAUAUGGGGACCACUGGAUGAUGCAUUGUGGCAUGGAGGUUGUUCUACCAGAUGGUACCUUGUGGCGCUCCGGCAUGGGUGGUCUCCCGAAUCCCAACGCUGAUCCUAAUGCUCCACCACACGAGCAAGCUGCGAACGAGACUUGGGGUUUGUUCAACUAUGGCUUUGGUCCUUACAAUGAUGGCAUCUUCACACAAUCCUCCUUGGGUAUUGUCGUCAAGAUGGGCAUAUGGCUCAUGGUCAAUCCAGGUGGAUACCAAAGCAAUCUACACCAAGCUCUGGAGAUCAUCAGACCCCUCAGAGUAGGCAUGGUGCUUCAAAAUGUCCCUACCAUGAGACACAUCUUGUUGGACGCUGCGGUUAUGGGUGACCGCAAGUCAUACACAGACUCCGACAAGCCAAUAACCGACGACGAGCUCGACGCCAUCGCAAAGAAACUCAACCUAGGACGCUGGAACUUUUACGGCGCAGUCUAUGGACCUCCACCAGUACGUGAAGUACUGCUAUCGGUAAUCAAACAGUCCUUCCUGCAAAUUCCUGGAGCGAAAUACUACGAGCCAAAAGAUAUGCCCGACAACGUGGUUCUCCAGACCCGGAACGACACCUUGCAAGGUAUACCAAGUACGACAGAGCUUAGAUGGGUGGACUGGCUGCCCAACGGUGCCCAUCUAUUCUUUAGUCCCAUCGCAAAGGUUUCUGGAGAUGAUGGUGUAGCACAAUACAAAGUAACACGCCAACGCUGUGAAGAAGCCGGAUUCGACUUUAUCGGCACUUUUGUCGUGGGAAUGGUAAGAGAGAAUGACACUGUAUUCAACCUUCUCAAGACUAACACCGUUCCGACANNGCGUGAAAUGCACCACAUAGUUUGCAUAGUCUUCAACCGCAAAGACCCAGACUCUCGCCGCCGUGCCCACUGGCUGAUAAGAACACUCAUCGACGAUGCAGCAAAACGCGGCUGGGGAGAGUACAGAACCCAUCUCAGUGUCAUGGAUCAAAUUGCCGAGACAUACAGUUUCAACGACAAUGCGCAGAUGAAAUUGAAUGACAAGGUCAAGGCUGCUUUGGAUCCCAAAGGCAUCAUUAGUCCUGGAAAGAAUGGAGUGUGGCCGGCAAACUAUAACAAGGCUGAUUGGAAGGUGCCGGAGCAAUGA